AUGAAGAUGCGAAACAGCCCUUUUCAUGGGGCAAGUGGGUACAGUGGUUUAAAAGCUCAUAAAUUAACAUUCAAGACAGCUGUGAAGAAAGUGAUGAGGCAUAUGCCAAAUAAUCAAUUCUUGGUUGAGAUGGAGAACAUGAUCAGAAAAAUUGUUCGGGAGGAGCUUGAGCGUCUUAUUCAUCAAAAUCUUCACUCUUCGGCGUGGUCCCAAAUCGAGCAACCGCGUUCAGAAACGCCGUCGUCGCGUUCAAGAUUCAAGCUGCGGUUCAUAAACUCACCGCCGCUGUCGAUAUUCACGGGAGCCAAGAUCGAAGCCAAGAACGGUUCUCCGUUAGCUAUCGAGCUCGUGGAUGCAGCCACGAACGCUCGAGUCGUCUCGGGACCUUUCUCGUCUUCUAGGGUUGACUUAGUGCCGCUCAACGCUGACUUCACGGAGGAAAGCUGGACCGUUGACGUAUUCAAACGUUAUAUUCUAAAACCACGCGAAGGGAAACGUCCGUUACUCACCGGAGAUGUAACGUUGACGCUUAAGGGAGGUGUUGGAGUGGUCGCCGUCGCAUUCACGGAUAAUUCGAUAUGGAGUAGGUGUCGGAAGUUCCGGUUAGGUGCUAGACUAACCGGUGAUGGAGCCGUGGAAGCUAGAAGUGAAGCGUUUAAGUGUAAAGACCAACGUGGAGAAUCUUAUAAGAAACAUCAUCCUCCGUACCCCGGUGACGAGGUUUGGAGACUAGAGAAAAUCGCGAAAGAUGGCGCUUCAGCGUUGCGUUUGGCUGAACGGGAUAUUUAUACUGUCAAAGACUUCCGCCGUUUCUAUGCAAAGGAUCCAAACGCUUUAUAUAAUAUACUUGCUGUUGGUGGUGGAGGGAUCUCAAAGAAAAUAUGGGAAUCAAUUGUAUCCCACGCGAUGAAUUGCGUUUUGGAUGAAACAGAGUGUUACAUCUACGACUCAUUUGCUCAUGAUGUAUCACUUGUCUUCAACUCUGUUUAUGAAGUGACACAAGUGUUCAUAGGCGGUGCCCUUCGAAGCACGGAUCAGCUACCUAGCUACCAGCUGAACCAGUUAAAGCAUGAAGCUUAUCAGAACAUUAACCUCUUUAGGGACCGUAGGACCUUUGCGGACCAUCCACAAAGGUCCUUACAGUUCCCGGAAAAUCCAGGAUUCGGCGUAGCCUGUCCUGGAUUCCAGCAGCACAUGGACUUCACAGCUUCAGGUUCUACCAUCCAACCUGAAAUGCUGAUGAGUUUCGAAAACUCACCAGCCACAACGUUUCAUAUCGACCCAAAAUUCAUACCGACUUUCAGAAACAGCUUUAGAGUAAGUGAACUCGAUAUGGUACAUGAUGAAUUACUAAGCGUGGUGUCAAGAGGUCAUAUCCGAAACCACGAGGAUGAGAACGGUUUUGCUUAUGAUCACCAUCACCACAUGUCCUCUAACUGGUCACCUGGUGCUGCGGUUUGGGAGCAACAAGAGUAUAACAAUUUGUGUGUUAGCGUGUCUGGCACGGAAGAAGAGGGUAUGUAUGAUGUUCGUGUUGCAAACAUUGGGGGAUCUCCGAGAGCCAGGUGGUGCAAAGUUAAGGCAGCUUUCAAGCUCCGACAAGUCUGGAGACACACAAGUGCCAGAAAACGAGGGAGGGCUUGUAAGAAGCCUUGCCUAGUGUAUUAAAUUCAGAGGUUUUCUUGCUGCGCAAGAACUAUGUGUGUAUAUGUUAGAUAAAUGGAUCCCGGCCAUUGGCUGUUUCAAAUGGUUUAAUAAGUUACGGGGAUUAGUAUUUGUGUAUACCACAGUCCAUGUGUGAUAUAUAUUGUAAGAAAAAGGAAGUGCUGUAUCUGACCAAAUCAGUAUACUUUUAAAUAUUCUAAGUAUUUGUUGUGCCUUUAACAUUUACAUGCUAUAUUAGACGAUUCAAAGGAUUCUUGCGGAGCACGAAAGCUAUGUCAAAAC